AUGGACGACCCAGCAGAGAUUGCCGCAUUGUGCCAAGAGUACGCCUCCUCCCUGGACAAUGUGCCGCACGAGGUCUCACACAUCCUCAAGGAGAUUCAGCACAAGGACUCCAAAGUGCAGGACCUGCUUCCCAAGAUCUCCCUACGAGAGUCGCAACUAAGGGAGCUCCUCAACAAGGGCUCCCCCGGAGCGCCCGUCUCGGCUGGAGGUGCACUCUUGACUGAGCAGGACAAGGUCAGGGCCGAGAAGUUGAUGGAGAGAAUCAAGCUCGACUACCGUAGGGCAGAUGAGUGGUCUGCUCACAAGGAGGUCCUCUCCCUCAGACUGUGGAGGAUCAUCCAUGCUCACAAGCUAAGGCUUGAAGAGGUCUUUACAAAGAUUGCGCCUGGCGUCAUGAAUACCGCCGAGAGCAACGUCGCCGCCUCGUCGCAUUCUUUGGGUCCUCUGCCAGGCUCGGCUGCAGCGGGCGGAGCAGCAGGAGGGUCUAUACUAACGCUGAGUACUCGACCGGCCAAUGCAACGCCCUCGGGUGGUCGAAUUGGCGCCAGAGCUCUCUCUUCUGAACGUGGUACCCCUUCCGCUGCGCUGGGCUCGCCGAGUGGGUACGGCUCUCUCGACUCGCCCUCGAGGGGUGGAAUGCAAUCACCUGCAACCUACGGUAGCUCAGCAGGUCGUCCUCGCAAGUCUGGUGGUCUGCAAAAGUCACGACUCGGAGCCAGCUCUUCUGGCCUGGCAAACGUCUUUUCGGCCAACAAGGACUCUUCUCACGACGAGGACCUCUCUCUGACGAAUGCCUAUGAGCUCGAUGAACAUGGUGCGAACGAAGGUGAAGACGAAAAGGACGAGAACCUGUACUGCUUCUGUCAGAAGGUGUCUUAUGGCGAGAUGAUUGGGUGCGAUUCGGACGAGUGCAAGUUCGAGUGGUUCCACUUGGACUGUGUUGGUCUCAGCAAACCUCUGCCGCAGGUUUGGUACUGCUCUGAUUGCCAGUCUAGGAUGAAGCUCAAGGACAGCAGCGGAACCGUCAAGAAGGAAGGAAGCGUGGGGGCCGAUAGCACGGGUACAAAGCAGAGUGGUGCCAACAAGAGGAGGAAGAAGGCGUAG